AUGCAGAGGAUCAGGAAUGCCCUGGAGGAGACAGAUAAGGCCACAUCCACCCCUGACAUAGGCACAACCAACGAGGCCACCGAGAAGGAAGGGACAAAUAUGACAUCAAAGAGGGACACAACAGGCUCACACAAAGCUGUGGCUGUCAAGCCAACGCCCUUGCCCAAGAACACCUCAUCAUCAGAAGAGCCUGGGGAGAAGUAUAACCCCGACCCUGAUGCCAUCCCAUUAGCCAAUGAAGACUUUGUCUUGCUGGACUGCCAGACGUCCUACCCCACAGGCAGUCUGGACUCCCUGAUUGGUGCCCUGAGGCAACAGAUCCGCUCCUCUGAUUGGCUGGAGGAGAACACUCCUGAACUCUACGGCCGGGCAGGAACCAGAGCUGCUAGAUGUGUUCAAAGAUCUGCUGGACAGAGCCAGGAAGUAGAGGAAGAGAGGAGUGAAGGGAGGGGGGAUCAAAAGGAAAGGAGAUAA